UUGGGGAAAGAGAAUGAGAGGGAAGGAGUGGUGAAGACUCAACUUCUGUCAACAGAAGGAAACGCUGCCUUUUUACGUCGGUAACAAAACUCUCGACCUGUUUUCGGCGUCUAUUAUUCACUCUGGUCAGCUGAUCGACUCUGGACUUUAUCUGUGAUUAACAAUAUCUAAUGGGAUUAAAGAGGUUCAAGUUACCGGUGCGUACAAGCGAACUGUCGCAGUCCGUUAUAUUAAAUUGGAUCAGACAUGUAAGAGAACGCCUAAACUAACUUUCUGACGGAUGGAGCGUAAUUUUAUAAAACGUCCUACGUUUUGAGAUCCGCGCACCCAGCUGAAGAAAAACGAAGGGAGUAUAGAAAUACAUAGAAUAAUAUUUUAACUAGCUACUUGAUAUUUGUGGAGUUGUUUUUAGAGAUGUGCUAUUCUUGCAUAUCCGUUUGCCACAUUUGAAGACGCAAACGAAUCGAAACCGUCGUGUUUCCUUUAAACAAGGCCAACUCAUAUAGGCUAUUAUCCUUUACAUGUGUGGGUUUUCCCUCAAACUCGACCAUGAGUCAGUUUGACUGACUUAAAUACUGUUGAAGUUAAGCAGAAGGAUAAAUCCACCCAUUACAGAAUGCUGGAGUGAGGGUACUGAAGAUGGCAUCGGCGAUUUUUGAGGGCACAUCCCUGGUGAACAUGUUCGUGAAGGAUUGUUGGGUUAACGGGAUCCGCAGGCUCAUCAUUAGAGGAGACGAAGAGGAGUUCUUUGAAAUAAGGACUGAAUGGUCGGACAGAAAUAUACUCUACUUGCACAGAAGCUCCUCAGAUUUGGGAAGACUUUUAAAAAGACUCCUGGAGUGUUUCCCCGAAGACAGGCGAGAUUUAUUAAAGUCCCCCCUGAUAGAAGGGCUUGUCAAGAUUAAAGAAGCAAGAGACAUUGAGACAAAGCUAAAUGAAGUGGAGCGACUGUUGAAGAAUACCAUUAACAUGCCCUGGAAGUUUUCUAGGUCAGAAGUUGUCUUAACAUUCUUUGAACGCUCACAGCUUGACCAGGUCCUGAGGAACGACAGUGUCCACAAAAUUCAGCCAUGCUUUCAAAAUCCAGUUAAGAUUUCAGUUUCACCUGCUUUGGUGCAAAUUAAAGUGACAACAGGUGCACUGGAGAGGCAACAGCAAAACAACCCCCCAAAAGGAAAUGGUUUUGCAGAGAUCAUGAGGUCUAAUGGGUUUUGCCUGGCAAACACAGAGACCAUUGUGUUUGAUGAGAGCAUUCCACUGGACAAAGAGAGACCCUCCUCCACUGACUCAGCCCAGCACUCGUAUGAUGAGGAUGGGAGAGAAUCUUUGGAUCCUGUAGAUCAAGACCUGAGUGAUGAUGAUCCUGAAGCUUACGUCACUAACCUGUCCUACUACCACCUGGUUCCCUUUGAAACUGACAUCUUGGAGUAAUGCAAACAAUUUCUGCAUGGGUGGACAUUUACGGGGAGCACUGAAUCCCACCUAAACAGUGCAGAUCCAGCAUGUAAUUUCGGCCAAGUGAUAGAUGUGCCAGCGCUUAUAUUUUCUGAUUAGUAGUGUUUAUGACGGCAGGAAGAGUUUGAAUGCAGAGAUCGCUGCUUGCUUCCUGCUUUGACUUUGUCCAUCAGAUUGGUUGGCCUGAGCCAAAAAUUACACUAUAUUCACCCACGUGCCUCAUUAUUCAACCUAGACUCAUGCUGUAGCUGUACUACUAGGAACUAACAUAAUGAAGAAAUAAGCUGCUAUUCCUGGUGUACAGAUUGAUGGGGGCCUGAAAGAUUUGUUUCAUUUUCUUUUGGUUGUAAAGUUCAGGCUGUACUGUUUUUGAGGUUGUGAUUCAUUUUUUUCAAGGCCCAAUGCCCAGAAAACCUGCCUGAAAAAUGUUUUCUUCAGAAAGAGUCUACAUUAGAAACAAUGCUUUGGCAUUAGUGGAUGAUCUGCAGAUGCUCCUGGAGAAGAAGAUCCACAUAAGGAUUUAUCAAGAUAGAAUAUUAUCUUGAUAUACUGUAUAUGCCAUUGUAACUUAAAAUGCCGAUUCAAAUAGCCAACAACUGAAAAAAGGGUAUAUGUAAAAUUGCAAACUCAGUUU